ACAUUGGCUGGCUUGUCGGUAACAACGCCUACGAUAAGAUACAAUGUUUCAUGUUAUGUCAACGUUCUGUUAUUGCCACGUGAGGAAUUAUCGAAUUGUCUGCCGUGGUGAUAGAAAUUAACCUUAUGCCAUGUUCAUUCAGGGACAAAUGCAUCAAUGCGCAACUUUCUUUUUUGUCAGGCAAAUUAUUAGACAGCUAGUUCUAGCUGCCAGUUGUGUGUAUGCGCGCGUCAUGCAUCGGUGAAUGCAGAGUGAAUGAAACAUGCGGUGGUUAAUGUUUACUCUCCGCUCAUGGCCGAGUUCUCUCUUGAAACAAGGCUUCAAGCCGCCUCUACAGCCCGUACUUCACGCUAAAAUGGCUAUGGACUCUCACUGGCUGUCCCCAUCGGAGCGCGAGCAGCUACUGUUGGAACUGAAGGCCACAGGCUGGGUGGAGCUGGAGGAGAGAGACGCCAUCUACAAAGAACUCACAUUCAAAACCUUCAACCAGGCAUUCGGAUUCAUGUCAAGAGUGGCCCUGCAGUCAGAAAGGAUGAACCAUCACCCUGAGUGGUUCAAUGUUUAUAACAAGGUUCAGAUCACUCUGACUACACACGAGUGCGGAGGCCUCUCCAAGAGGGACAUCAAACUGGCCAAGUUCAUCGACAAAGUCGCCCUAACCAUGUAGAGAGAGAGUGCAGCAGCCCAUGUUGCAGGGUGGGCCAUUGUGGACAUUCCAGAAUACUUCUGCUUUCUCACUGAGGAAAAAAAUGUUACUUUUUACACAACAAAAAUGCACAAAAAGUCUGUUUUAUGUAAUAAAACGAUUUAAAUU